CAACUGCAUUCAACCUCCCUCACCCUAACCGCACAAUUCUCACAUACCCAAACCCAACAGAAGAUGAUCAACUUCAGGUCCAACAGAUUCAGCAGAAGCUUCUCCAAGCUCGCCCAUGGAGGCAAAGCACCGCCCCCGAAAAAGGACUCCAGAAGCAUCUCUGACAUCAAAUGGGAACUUCGGCCCGGCGGCAUGCUUGUUCAGAAAAGGGACGCUGACCAACAUGCAGCAGAUGGGCUUAUCACCAUCAGAGUCUCAGCUCUGUCGCACUGGCAUGACAUUUCCAUUCAAUCCACUUCAACUUUCGGGGAACUGAAGAUGGUAUUGUCACUGGUAACAAGCUUGGAGCCCGGAGAACAGAGGCUUUUGUUCAGAGGAAAAGAGAGAGACGAUGAAGAACACCUUCACAUGGUUGGGGUUAGAGAGAAGGACAAGGUUCUGCUGCUUCAGGAUCCAGCAAUCAAAGAGAAGAAGCUGCUCGCCAUGGCCGCUCCUUGUCCCACCAUCACUGUAUGACUCUGAUUGAUCCAGUAGCAUCGCUAAUCAGUACUAACCAGAAACCACAAAAAAGCAUAGCGGAGAAGGCCAAUUAGAAUGGCGAGUCUUUCUUCCCCUGUCAUAUAUUAGCACCGUGAUUGUGUACUCAAUCUGACGGUUUUGAAACUCGCUCCCUUGAAGCUGUGUAAUCUCUGCUGUUGAAACAAUGCCGUUACAAUAUGCAGAGGUCGUUCUGUUAAUAGAAGUCUGUUUGGUUCCGUUUGUACUAUAA